AACUGUAUUACCCGAAAAACCAGGUUGUAAUUGACUCCGUACGAACACUGAUUACUACACAUUCCUAUAAUUCUGCUGCUACGGCCGUAGAAACUAGAGACAGCCUUCCGACUUCCAAAUACACUUAACUCACUUCCGCUCAGAACUCAAUUCGAUUUCAAAAUUCAAAACCAAAAACCCAAAAUUCAUAAAAUUACUUUUACUAUUAAUAUACAUAUAUAUAUUUUUUUGCUCAAUCAAUUUCAUCGAAGGUUUUCCAACACCGAGCAAUCACCGGCACGAGUAUCGCGGGACUUGAUCAUGAUCUUUGGUUUUUCUUCCCCACAUCAAUUCGUUUUGUGACAACACCUUGUAAGAUGUCUAGACCGAUGUUGCUUGUCUUUCUGUUGCUUAUACUCAUAAUCACUUCUCAGUUUGAGUGGAAACAACCAGUAAUAGACGUUGACAUGAAUCCGAGCAUCUCGCAGAAGCAACAACGGAUCUCAAAGAGAGAAGAAGCUGUAAAGGAAAAGAUCAUUUUAUCUCAAGAAAAGAACAUCCAGAGACUUAAUGAACUUGUUCGCAGUCUUCGCGAACAAUUGCAUCAGUGUAGGGGCAACAAUGAGAAAGCAAAUGCCACUGUACGCCCUCUAACUGAACACGUACUUGGACUUGAACGACAACAGCUUCUUGAGGGCUAAGCUAUAAUUUGAUUUACAGAUUCUUAAAAAUCCCUUCUUUUCUUCCAAAAUUCACGUUAAAGUCAAUAUUCAAUGUAAAUUAAACACCAAACUUCUCAUGAGGUCAAUGACCAAACCAAAAUCUAUGCUGUUUUCUUCAGAUGGCCAGUUGAAAAAUUUGUACGACAUUGGAUGUCAUUUCUCUUUAUACUUGCACUUCAAGUUGUGUCACUGUUUCUUUCUUUCUUUCUUUUUUUGAUAAUUAAGUUGUCACUGUUCC